AUGGAGGAAGAAAGGGCCAGGGUCCCUCCACAGUGCGAGGAUCGCCUGUACUCACCCCAAAACAACAUUCAGACCAACAGCGGCACUAGGGAGAAACAGAAACUACAGCUGUUAGUUCACCCGCUGCGGGUGAAGGCUGGUGUAAAUGACUGUCAGCUCACAACUCUGCUGUCUGUGCGUGUCACGUUGGAAGGUUCAAUGGACAGCUUGUAUGAGCCUGUCCCAGAACAUCAGGAACCUAAGGAUGCAAUUACUACCAGCAGCCGGGCUAGCUCUCCAGUGAACACAUGUGUCAGUUCUGGAACACCAGAUAGGUCUAUGUCUUUGGAAUUUCCUGAUUUUGGGAACACUGUGACCAAGAAAAGAAAUAAAAAUCGAAUUGUGAAACUGAUUGCUCUCAAAGCCAAAAAAUAUCAGUGGUUUCAAAAAGGAGCUAGUAUUAAUAUAAUCAGUUCCAUUAAGAAUAAUGGUUCAUUUGUAGCCACCAGCCAAGGAAACCCUCCAGCAUACAGGAAAAAUGUGAAUGGCACACUUUGGCAGGGGUCCAGGGAGCCAGAGAAUGAUUCGUACAUCAGAAGGCACUGUCAGCUUGAAGAAUUCACAGAGGGCAAUGUUACUGGAGAUGGAUUACAUUUUCUGCGAGGAAAAAAGAUAGAAGAAACCACAUGCCAGGUGAUAAAUUACGAGCAGUGGAUUCCACCACGAGUUCAGAGUCCAAGUGUGGCUAGUAAUGGUGAAAUGGGUACAGAACCAGAUGAUAAAGCAGAGUCCAUGGGAACAUUAAAACGAUUGCAGAAAUUGGUCCGAACCAAAAAAACUAGUAUGCAUAGCAUGGAGGAUGUCAAACAUGUUUUGAUUCCCCUCAAUACAUUGGAAGAUGCUUAUCUCUCUGAAGAAGAUGAGGAAACACUAACUUCUUGCAUGAAACUGUCAAAGCCUCAGGAAAAGAAGAUCUGGAAAGACAAUGUGAGGAGAAAGGAAGAGACUGAGACUAGAAUUAGAGGAGAUUUUGAUGAGGAGAAAGAAAGGUCUCAGGUUGCUGCAGAUCAAGAUACCUUUAUUACCCUUAUUACCCUUUUGCAGAAAUGUGUUAGGUCUUCUGAUGGUUACAUGAGCUCUACUAUUAUGACCAUGGUUCUGCGCAGUUUCAGUGACCAUGUGGAUUUUGCUCUCCUCCUGGUCUCACUUGCGUUCUUGCUGGACAACCCAUCUCUCAGUGUCUGCCUUUGA